UUAAUUAAAACGUCAAUGUUCGAAAAAUUUUUUGUUAACUUAAAAUGGGUUUAAGUGAAAAAUUUCGACAAUUGAAGGGCAAUAGCCCGAGUCGUGGCAUCGAAUUGAAAAAGCGCCAUUCAAGUCAGAAUCUGGUCACACCAGGACAAGUGACAGAGCAAUCCUUACAGGUAUGGCGCGCUCUGCCAGCUCAAAUACGGCACGAUCCCAGCAUGGCGUCAUUCCAAAUGGAGAAUGAACGUUUACACGGUUCGUCUGUUCCCACCGAUGAUGAGUCUAUCUUACCAAAUGAAGUUGAUUCAUCUCACGAAGAUGAAGGUAGUUGUACUGGCUCAGAAUAUAUUAAUAUGAAAAAAUUGCCAAAGAAGAGAGAAAAUCCUGAAGAGAAAAGCACUGAUGGUGAAGGAACACAUUCGGAUGUUGAAAAUAUUGAUAGAAUCCAAGCAAUUCCGGAUAAAAUUGAAGCAAAACAGAAAUCCGCCAAAAGACGUUAUAAAAUAAAAUUGUUGAAGCGUGCGGGUCUAUUAGUUUUCUGGAUAUUCGCAGCUUGUCUUUUGAUGAUACGUGAUGAGAAACAUUUGAUUGAGAAGACAUUAGAAGUGCCACAAUAUAAGGGCAAAAAUUUUGUGUUACCUGUUAAGCCCACCGGUGAUUUUAGAUUGGAAAUUGAUGGCGCUUUUAAUGAAACAAUGAAAUUUACAAAUGAAACUGAAGUAUUUUUGACAAUUCAGCCACAAAUAUCCUAUUAUGAUAUGGAAAACACAACGGCAGAUUUUAAGGAUGUUUUGUCACCUUGGUACAUACCUAUGGUACUGGAGGGUUUUUUUGAUACAGCACCGGUAGUUUCACGUAAUCGAACUUUUAAUUUAAAUAGUGAGGUGCUGGAAGAACUGGAACAGCCUGGCAUUAAAAUGCGUCUUAAUAUUUAUACAAAUGCAGAUCGUGAUUUCGCUAUACACGUGACAUAUAAUCCAUUAAUAAUUGAUAUCAAGACUGGUGCUAUGUUGGCCGCUUUUAUUUUACUUAUAUUCUAUGCCCUAUUGGUGUGGGAAGUAUUUGAACGCACUUUUGUAGCGAUCAUUUGUUCUAUAUUGUCUAUAGCAGUAUUAGCCUGCUUUGAUGAUCGUCCCAAUAUGGAGGAGAUUAUACAGUGGAUGGAUAUGGAAAUGUUGACAUUACUGUUCUGUAUGAUGAUUAUAGUAGGAAUUCUAACUGAAACGGGCAUAUUCGAUUAUAUUGCUGUGGUUGCAUUUGAAAUGUCAGGUGGAAAAUUGUGGCGGAUGAUUUUCAGUUUAUGUUUUAUAACAUGUUUUGUUUCAAGUUUUUUGGAUAAUAUUUCUACGGUGCUACUUAUGACACCAGUAGCUAUAAGACUUUGUGAAGUUAUGUCAUUGGAUCCAGUUCCUGUAUUGAUGGGCAUUAUAGUACAUUCUAAUAUUGGCGGUUCCCUUACACCUAUUGGUGAUCCAAUUAGUAUUAUUAUCUGUUCAAAUCAUUUCAUAGCGAAAAAUGGUGUCACAUUCAUGCAAUUUGUGGAGCACACCAUACCAGGCGUCAUACUCACCGUCAUACAAAGUUGCGUGUAUUUGCGUCUCGUGUUUCGUGACAUCAAAUCGUUACGCCUUAAUGAACCCAAGGAAAUCAAGGAGCUUCGACGUGAAAUCAAAGUUUGGCAACGUGCGGCAAACGCAAUAUCAUCCUUUUCGAAAGACGCUGAUUUAGUGCGUGAGACUUUGUUUAAGAAAGUCAAAAUAUUGAAACAUACUUUGAGGCGCAAACUACGUGGCGUUGGCUCUUCGGAUGAAUACGUGCACACAUUAGAGGAUCUGAAGUUGAAAUAUCCAAUAAAAAACAAAACUCUCCUUAUACAAGCAACAAUAGCAUUGGUUUUUGUUAUAAUUUGUUUUUUUAUACAAUCUGUGCCACAAUUACGUACUUUACCGCUUGGUUGGGUAGCACUGUUAGGUGUCAUAGCGCUACUUAUAGUGCUUAAUCGUGAUGAUAUGGAUCAUCUGAUGCAUCGUAUUGAAUGGACAACUUUAUUGUUUUUUGCGGCCAUGUUUGUUAUGAUGGAAUGUGUCGAACGUUUGGGUUUGUUUGCUUGGAUUGGUGAAGUGACUGAAAAUAUAAUUUUAAUUGUCGAUAAGCGCCAUCGUUUGGCUAUGGCGAUAUUUAUAAUAUUGUGGAUUUCUGCUUUGGCAUCAGCUAUAUUGGAUAGCAUACCCGUGACAGCAAUGAUGGUGAAAGUGGUUAUAUCUUUAGUGGCCAAAGAAUCAUUAGGUUUGCCACUACAUCCACUCGUCUGGGCUUUGGCUUUUGGACCGUGUUUAGGAGGAAAUGGCACACUGUAUGGUGCAUCAUCGAACGUUAUAUCUGCCGGUAUAGCUGAACAACAUGGUUACAAAAUUUCCUUCACUAGAUAUUUAAAAAUUGUUUUUCCCAUGAUGUUGGGUCAAAUUACCAUUAUCACCGCCUAUUUGAUGGUGGCUCAUAUUCUAUUCGAAUGGCAUUAGUAGUAAUACUUUAACGCAUUUUAAACAUGCUAAUUAGUUACAUUUAAGUGUUAAAAUAUAUACUUACUUAUAAUAUAUACACAUACAUCUAUGUAUAUAUUUACACGAAAUGUAAGUGGAAUUUAUUGUCAAA